AUGAAACUUAAUUCCGAACGGCAACCUUCCCGGUUACCUCCGUCAGCCGUCAUCCCGGCAGCUCACGGGUAUCACACACAACACCUCAGCUCUCACCAUCACCAAUCGAUCCCCAUAGGGGUAAACAAACGCGGGGGCGCGGCGGACGCCUGUUGCGUCGUGUCACGAGGCGAAACACUCACCGGGCAGCAAAGCCAGCAGCGCCAAGGCCGCCAACAUAGGGGCCAUAGCGGCGAGGCGCGGGCAUACCACACCCGCGCACGUUGCGCUAGCACGCCGGCGCGCUCAUGCGGCCUGAACACUCGUGCGGCCGGCCCGAGCGGCGCCCGGCGCGGGACUACUGGGCGCGCCCGCCCCCUAGCGCUCCCCUCGCCCCGCGGCCACCCUGCCCUCUUCGCCUUCCUCGAGCCCCCGCACCGCUGCGCAGCCGCCAGGCCAGGUGCGCGCGGCACCCCUCGACGACCUGAGCCCUUCCCAUGA